UUUCCCCUUUUUUUUUAGCUGAGUUCAUCUUCCUCCCCUCAUCUUCAGUUUGAUAAAGGAGAAGUAAAGUAGGAGAUGCUAGCCAUGCCACAUGCACUCGUGUUUUUAGAUAUGACAAUAAUCAGAGACCACCCUGGCAAACAAACAGCUUAUUAAUAUAUUCACUUUGCCAGACCUGGGGCAAUGAGAGGUCCGCAGCCUGCGGGGGGAUGACAUGCAUGUGUCCAGGCUUUUAACAACGUUGAGGAUUGUAAAAAUAGUUGGCUGCCAUCCGCCGAGCCAUGAUGGACAUUCUGUACACAGGUCCUGUCCCAGCAGAACGCGAGUCUCCGAUGGCACGGAGCGAGAUGUCCCCGAGCCGGACGCAGCACUCGCCCCCUACACAGAGACCCAACGCCUGCUGCUUCUGCUGGUGCUGCUGCUGUAGCUGCUCUUGUCUCACUAUUAGGAGAGAAGAUGAGAGUCGCCGGAGAUUGAAAUCCCAGGAGACUAAGCUGGAGACCAUACCAAACUGUGAAGCUUGCACCAAACCAACGGUGGAGGAGAUUAAACAGUGGGCUCAGUCCUUCGAUAAGCUGAUGAAGAACCCGGCAGGCCGGAACGUGUUCCGUGAGUUUCUGCGCACAGAGUACAGUGAGGAGAACAUGCUCUUCUGGCUGUCCUGUGAGGAUCUGAAGAAGGAGAUCAACAAGAGCAUGAUAGAGGAGAAGGCACGCAUGAUCUACGAAGACUACAUCUCUAUACUUUCACCAAAAGAGGUGAGUUUGGACUCGCGGGUGCGUGAGGUAAUCAACCGGAAGAUGCAGGACCCAACUCCACACACUUUUGAGGACGCACAGCUGCAGAUCUACACGCUCAUGCACAGAGACUCAUACCCACGCUUCCUCAACUCAUCCAUCUAUAGAUCACUGGUGCAGGGGGGCUCACGCUCCUCUUCAGAAUCCUAGACCCACCUCUGUCUAUGUGUCUCUCUCUCUUUCUCUCCAUUCAUCCUUCCAUCACACAACCACUAAAGGAGAAAGUACAUGUUGGCUUCUUGUCAUGGAUGGAUUAUGUCUCCCAGGCCACUUCCUGUGUUUUGCUUUGACUUCGCUGCUGUUGUCUUGGAGGGCACAACAUCCCUCCGGAAUGUUCUGAACCCGCACAGGCUGAAACUGGAAGACACAGGGAUGAAGUAGUAGUCAUAGUCAUUCCACUGCUUGUGAUGAUGGAAACAACUACUGAUCCAUGCGAGUCUCUUUGUCCUUUGUACAUUUUUUUCCAUAGGUACGUGUACGAACACAGUUUUAGGACUUGUUUUAUCUUUUUACCUGAUGUCAUGAGUUGACAAAACACAAGAGAGCCUCUGCAAUAAGACACACUGGAGUUGACUUUCUCCGCUCCACAUACGACCGGUUUGCCUAUUAUACCUAUACCUUUGACCUGUCCACUGUCUCCCUUCUCUGAGAUCAUCUCUCUGAGACAUGGGGUUGGGUGGUGGUGGAUGGUUAUGUUUGUUACCGGAGGGGCCGGAAGUUUCCCAGUUGCAAAAAAAAAAAAGAACAAGAAGAAAAAAGAAAACAAUAUUUAGAAUAUUAACAAGUUUUAACAAAUGCUAUUGAAAACUACAAGAGGAAAAUAGAUGUAGAUACAAAGAAAAAAAGUGAGUGGUGAGAAGAUGCUUAAGUCUUAAUUAGACUGGUCACUCAAAAUGCAUUUUAAAAUUAGUAUUGUUCAUGUUAUUUAUUUUCUAUUUUGUCAACUUUUGUUCUUGUACAGUCAAUUUUAAAAAUCCGGUACGGAUGACGCAAAUCGAGCAAGGUCACGAGUGCUUCAUAGUGCACUGUGUGUGUAUGAGUGUAUGUUUGUGUACGUAUAGGGGUGUGUGUGUGUGUGUGUGUGUGAGCAUGUGUAGGCAUGCAUGUGUCUGUAGGUUACAGGAUGAAAAGCUUGAUGGGUCUCAUGACCUUUUCCUUGGCAAAAAUUGCAGACAAAAAAAUCACAGAUGCUGCUUUCUGGGUUUCUAUAGUAAUUCUUCAGUAUUGUAAUAUUUUGGCAAAUAAACUCCUUAUUUCAGAUGAAUUUAUAAGGAUUGUUUAUAGAUGCAAAGCACCUCAAAAUGUUUUUUUAAGGUCACAUUUCAAGGGAAAGCAGUGUUAGUGUUGUUAUUACCUGAACAGCUGCACUGUGAUUGUCCUCACUGUCUGUCUUCCCCUUCAGGUUCUCGUUUAUUAAUCAGGCAAGAGGAGGCAACCUAUAAGGCUUUAAAUAAUAAUGCUCACUUCAAUAAGAAUAAAAAUAGAACAACCAGCAAAAUCCCUUUUAAUUAUUGGACCCAAAUCAUUCUGUAGAUGUGGAAAUCUCUAAUUUUAUAGCAAAGUGGUGCUUCACAUCUAUGACAUUGUGUGUCCUUGUUGACAUUUGUACAGUUUGUGAAUAGUCACUUAGCACGAUGAAUAGAACUCUGCUUGAGCACCUAGGCCUUGACUUGUGCACCGUGCAGGACUUACAUUCAUCGUGCUACAGGAAUGUUCUAAACUGCUCAAACAGCUAUAUUGAAUUCAUCUGAUUUUAGGGCUUGUUCACUGCCGAAAGUAUGAACUGGGCUUCAGCGCACAGAGGCUUUGGAUGGGACAUUAGUGAUAUAUAGGAUGGUCACAGAUAUCAGCAAACAAACACACACACUUAGGCCCUGUCCACAUGUAUAUUGUUAUUUUUGACAACAGUAUUUUGGGUCACUGAAAAUGGAGCUUUUUGAAACCACCCACUGUUUCACUGUUUUUGUGUGGACAGGAAAAAAAAGCUGGCUGUGUGAAUCUGCAUAUGUGCACUGUUGUUUACAUAUGUAAUGAGUGAGCUAGCACUCUAUUUAUUAUGGCUGCUUAUAUGAAAUGUGUUAGUGUUUCUAAUUUCAUUUCUUUAUGCAUUAAUAUUACACCUGCAUGCAGAUACACCUGAGUCUACCACACAAACAAUACAAACUGUGCUGUAAACAGAAAUUAUUAAUACGACCUAAGUGUAACCUUAAUCGCUAGUUCCACAUGACUGUCAGUCUACAUAAAUUAACUGUCAUUUUUCAUUUUAGAGCUUUAGAUGAGCCGCAACCCUGACCAGCGUAUCUCCACCCAGUUGGUUGGCCUGCUCAUGCCAACAUUUUCAAAUCAUUUUUGCAUCUUCGUAUAGACAUAUACGAGAUAAGAGUGUGGACACCUGAUCAUAACAUCCAUAUGUUUUUUCCCUAAAUUGUUGCCACCAAGUUUAAAGCACACAAUUGACCAGAAUGUCUUUGUAUGAUUAAGCAUUAAGAUUGCCCCUCACUGAAAUAAAGGAGGCCAAACCUGUUCCAGCAUGACAAUGCUGCUGUGCACAAAGGUUCUCUUAUUAACUCCACUGAAUACCAUUGGGCUGGAUUUGUACACCAACUUCACACCCUGCCUUCUUGUUUGAGAUCAAUGUCUGACCGCUCUUGUGUGUGAGAGGAAAAAAUUACCCCACAGUCAUGCUCCAAAAUCCACUAAAGUGGGGACCAAUCCCAUUAUAUUGUGAUGGGAUGUUAAGUAAUCAAGAGUCCACAUUUAUGCUAUUUACAGUAUGUAGAUAGGAUUUUCCUUUUGAAAGAACCAUGUUUUCGAAAACUACUUUAUGUUUGUUUGGGGUUUUAUAGACACAAACACAGCUUUAACCCGUAUUGUGUAUUGCGCUGAUAGUGAUGGUACUGUAUAUUUAGAUGAUGAUCAUUUUUCAUUCUGGAAAUUACAAGCUGCAGCCUAUUGAAAUAAUGCUAUGUGGAUAGGUUGAGUUGAGCUGAGGCAUAUUACACCUUUCCCCUCCAGUAACUCCCUUACUAUACAGAACACUUGGUCUAUUUGUAGUACUGUACAUCAAGGCUACUAGCGUUGUAAAGACAUUUCAAACACGUUACUUGUUCAUAGGGCAACUAUAAUAAUAAGCCCUUCAUGCCAACUGACGUACACGUUUAUAAAGCAUUACUCCAGCAGCUGACGUAAAGACACUUUACGUAGCACAAUUGCAUAACAUGACUGAUAUAGCAGAUAUACACUGAGCUUCAUGAAUGUUAUGCAUUGUGACAUUCUACUGUGUUCUGAAUAAGCUUGGAAAGUGCCACAGCACAGCCUUAUUUUACCCAAACUUUGUUACUUGACUCAGGUGUUUUGUCAUCUUGACUUUAAAUUAGCAAAAUCUGUCUUUAUGGCAGUUGAUGCCUGUCCGAAAAAAUCUGUUUCAACAAAUCUAUAUAUGUUGUGAUGAAGGGCUUAUGCAGGUGGCAAGUAAAAUGUUUAGAAGACAUUUUUUAUAUUAAGGGGCUUCAAUUUCAGUUGGUUAUCAAAAGCCCUAUUAAAGAAUGACUGAAAGUCUGUAAAACACUUCCAGUAGCCUUGACAUGAUACUUCUAGAAACCUUGGUGACUGAAAACCUUCAUAGACAUAAAAAAGCAAAUACAACAUCAACUUCUAUUACUUCUAUACUACUGUAAAAGUGUAAAAAAAAGUAAUCACUGUAUAUUAUAUUGAUUUUAAGUAACUGUUUGGUGACUUUUAUUCUACCUUAAAAGCCGAGGAAUUAUCCAGUCUAGCAACAUAGACUCACUCACUCAAUUUCAGUAAGUUCUUUCUCCUAGUCGGGGUCUCGGCGAAUCUGGAGCCUAUUCCGGGAAUACUAGGGAUACACCUAGGAUGAGAUGUCGGUCCGUCACAGUGGUACCAGACUGCAAACAGUAAAUGUUCAUUAUGAACAUUUAUCAAACAGUCUCUAUGUAAAUACUGGGUCCUGCAUGACAGUCCUGGUAUGACCGUGCAGUUUCACCAAAUUUAAGAGAGCUUUCGAGUCUAUUUGGGAUUCAUUAUCUGUUCCUAUUCAUACAAACUCACACACACACUUUAACAUUUGCACACUUUUUUUUUUGUUUAGCACACACACAAUAAGAAGGUCCAUUGUAUCCAUUACAUUUCAAGUUAAGGCAGUGAAAUGGUAACAUGAUGGUAUGCAUCAUCCAUUCCAGUUAUUUAAUUGGCAUGAAGCCACCACUAAAAAUAGGUCACUUUAUGACCAGUAAACUUUUUAGGACUCCCUUUUGCUGUACGUCCUAGCCUCCUUGUGUGCGCCCAAGUGACACUUGGUAUGAACUCUAUUUUGUAAUUUCUGUUAAGAAUGGUGUGGCAUAGAAGACCUGUAAUUGGUGCUGGUGCUACCACUGUGAGCUUGUGUACCUCCUUAUGCCCUCUGUGUCUGUACAUUUCAAAAUGUGAAUUUGAACGACAACCACUGUUCUGUGUGUAUGUGUGUUUGUCCUCAGUACGAGAGGAAAAUUGGGCAGAUACAAUAGGCAGUGUUAUGAACUCCUUCAUUAUGGCACUGAGCUAAAUACUGUUUUUGUUCAUUUGCUGUAUUUGUGUAAAGCCAUUUCUACCUGACUGAUACAGACAUACCUUGACGUUUUUUUGGAUAAGCAAUGGAGGGCUGGGAUUUUGACUGAGUGUCCAACUGAACAGCAAAACCUUCUAAAAGGCAUUGCAACCUGAGCUUAUUUUGGUUUCAGAUUCAGUGGGGCUAUUUGUAAAUGUAUAGAGGAGCAAUAAAAUAUUCAAUAAUUUAAUUGAGGUGGUAUAUGGUUUACUACUCUCUCACCAAUUAAGUAACUACCAGAGGUGGUAAAAGUCCAAAAAAAAAACCUUACUCAAGUGAAACAGCAAAUCUAAAUAAAAACGUUUUGGUGAAAGUUAAAAUACAGCAUCUAUUUUUUUACUCAGGGUAAACUACCAGAUACAAAACAUAGCCAACAAUAGGUAAAUCAUUGGCUCGAUAGAUAUUAGGUCUCUUACUUUUUCCCUUUUUUUUCUCUUAUUUCUUUUUCUUUUAAGAUUAGAGGGAUGUUUUUUCCCUCCAUUUUGGUGUAAGUUAUAGCACUCAUAUAAAUGGGUAAAAACAUGACAUGUAAAAUGUAGAAAUGUACAUAUAACUGCAUUAAGGGGUUGUCCACCUACCAUGUCACACCCAUUAGAAUGUAGACUUUUAAUCAAUUCCUUGCACAUAAAGUUCCAAAAAUACUGUAGAUAUUAUAGAAUUUAUUUUAAAAUGUACUUUACUUUCCACCUUUGCUAAUCACUUUUUUUUUAGCUGUAAGCUGUUUAAAAGAAAUAAUGAACAAAUCACCAACAAAACAGUUUGAACAACACGCUUGCUGUGUGUUGUGGUUGAUGAACCACUCUGUACAUAAUCCAACUAGUCAACUAUUGGGCGUUAUUCAAUAAUUAAUUAUGUACAAUUUAUUUUGCCAUAGAGCAUGUACGCAUGACUUGUACAUCAUUCACUUUGACAUUAUUUAACAGGUGUACAUAUUUUGAGCUGGUGAGGUUUGGAUUAAACCUACUGAAGUGACCAGUUAAACUAAUGAUACAAAUAUGAUAGAACAAUCACUGAUGUUGACUCUGUGAAAGGGAUGACUGGGGUAUGUUAGAAACAUAAUUGAAAACCUAGGCCUGAUUCUUUCUCCUGAACAAGUAGGGGAAUUACAUUUCCACCAAAUGCUUCCGGGCCAAACUGAAAAGAUUUUUCCCUGAUUUCAUGUCAUAAUGAUGUGAAAUGCAUUUCCAGUCCAUCAGUCCUCAUCAGUGAGGUGUAUGGUUUAUGUCUACAAAUUAAAUCCCAACAAAGCCCUGUUCAUUUAGGCAUGUCUAUCCCACCUAACCUCUUAGACUUUUGUUAUUCAAUUAUACGUCAUAUCUGUAAAUAUCUAUUCAGCGAAGAAUAUAAGGAUUUAUAUAAGAUAAAAAUGUCAAAAGAGAAUUUAACGAUAGGAUCAAACAUUCUAUUUAGAGUUAUUAGAUUUAGAUUUAUCGGCUUUAUUGGCCAAAAAGGAUUUAUGGUAAAAAUUCCUUUUUUUUCACCUUAAACGAAAUACCAGUUGUGCAUGACAAUGCACAUAUGUGUUUAUAAUAUAUAUAUACCUUUGUGAUACCUUUGUGUGUGUGUGUGUGUAUGUAUGUAUGUAUGUGUGUGUAUGUAUAUGUAUAUAUAUAUAUAUAUAUAUAUAUAUAUGUGUGUGUGUGUGUGUUUGUCUGUGUGCAAUUUAGUAAUUUAGUGUUGUUCAUAUUUUCCAAUAAGAUGUGACCAGUCUAAGGCGUGUAUGGGGGGUGUUUAUGCGCUUGUGAAAUUGUAUAAGACCAUUUUCUUAUAAGAACUUGUAUAAGACCGUUCAGUAAGGUUAAGGUAUUAGUUGGGCCUUUGGUCAAAACUAUUUUUUAUCCUAGAUUUCUACAGAUGUUUAAAGACAUAUCAACCCUCAACCACCUAGACAAAACAUCACAGCACAGGCCAAAACAGACCUUUUUUCCACAGCUAGUGUUCGAGCUAGAGUGAAGGACUCGAGACGUAUACUUGCUUAUGUUUACAUACAUUUCUCUAGGUGCCAAAUUAGCCUAGCCUUCUUACAGUCCAAGACUGAACAUGUGGGACUACAGAAGAACUGUGUGUUAUGAUGCUCUUCUAAUAAUCCUCUACAUAUCUAAUGUAUGUCAAAGGCCUUUUUUCCUUCACAAAAAAUGUUUCCCUUUUUUUUCUGUACUACUUUGUCAUGUAAGAACGCUGUGUGCGCUAUUACUUCAGAGAGUUUUGAAACCUCAAGGCCCAGUCUCUGUCUCAAAAACACAUGUUCAUUCCUUUUCUUUUGUUUCCACCUGCUAUCUAGAGACACACGUUUCAAGCUCAUGGACUUCUACGGGACAAUUAUUUAUUGACAUUAGCAUUAUAUUUUAUAAAAAGUAUGUGUAUGGACCAAACUCUUUUAUUUGAAGAUUUUCACCAGUCUGAAACAUAUUUUACAUCCACAUCACUGAGGCCAUAUCAUCCCAGUUUUUGAAGAUGACUUUGUUAAGAAAUUAUCCUCAUUCAUAUGUUGAAUUUGAAAUAGUUUUUUUUAAUGUUUUUAUUUUCCCUAUUUUUAAAAGAAGAUAUAAUUAUAAUGAUAAUAAAGAUGUUUGUGUUAUUAUUCA